CAGCGGCCGGCCGGCCCCCCUUUGAAGUUCGGAGCUGUUAACGUUCCGCUGCAGACAGACAAACUCUACAAGUGUUUGUGUUUUUCUUCUUCUUCUUUCCUAUUGAAGAUGAAUAAGUUGACAGAAGCCAAAAGGGUUUCCAUCAAAGCAAAUCAACAUUUUAUUAUUCAAAACAAGAUAGACGAAAACGAGAAGGUUCAUAGUUUUUGUCCUUGUAAGCGGCAAAGUCAAGACCCCGACACUUCAGUUCUCGGUGACUUGCACGGACCGAUCUUUUCAGUCCGGACAGAAUCUGGCCCAAUAUCUUUUACCGGGGAAAUAAAAAUAAAAUAAUGAUAAAAAAAUAUUAUGAAUUUUCUAUAUACGAUAAUAAUAAUAAUAAUAAUAAUAUUAUGUAGGCUUUUUUUAAUCUAAAACGACAAUGUAUGUAACACCCUGAACCUUUUCCAACAAUAUAUUGUCGGUUAUGGGUCCAGACCCUCAAAGAAUUUGUUUUAGGGUGCAUAUGAAGGUAACUUUUGAUAAGGUCACCCAUCAUUGCACUGUAUCACAGUUAACACCUUUAAUUUUGCAGUUCUUACAAAAACUCUUCGUUGCAGUAAAAACGCGUUUUACUUGUUAAAGCCAGUAUUUUACUUAUGAAUCAUAAAUCUAGCCCGUAUUUUGUUGAUAUGGAAUUCUCCUAGGGGUCGUUUGCUUGAGUCAUUCGAUGUUAAAUGACUCGUUUGCUGAAGAAAAAACGCAUAAGUCAUUUCAUUCAUACGAAAGUCCCAAAUGACUCUAUCAAGUCAUUUUCAAAUGCCUCCUAUCCAUGAGUCAUUGCCAAAUGACUCAUUAUUUAGUCCAAAUGUUCCAACUAUGUCCUUGCCUAUUUUAUGUAAACCCACUUCUAUCCUUCUCUUUCUAUUAUUUGUUUUCUAUGUAGUCAUUGCUCCGUCGUCUCCCCUCGGAUUUAUAUUUUCUCUCCCUCAAAUUUCAUUGACGCGAAGAAGAGAGUCAUCUACGUAACGUCGCAUCAUUUUCUUUCACAAACACUACCAUUUGUAAUUAGGUUAAACUUCGAGAUUUAUGAAGGCGUUAUCUUUUGUAAAGAAAGUUGAACAUAUAUAAUUAUUAUUUAAAUUUAGAAAGUAGUAUUAUACAUGGCAAACACCCACAUAAUAUGUUUUGUUGGUUGCAAAAUGAUUUUGUUUAUGUGGUUGGCUUUAUUAUUAUAAUAGGAAACAAAAUAACUCAGACUUAUUGCCUGUUGGUCAUUUCUAAAUAUAUUUGUGGGAACACUACUGUUAACGCAGAUGGUCGCUGAUUGCGGGGCGUCUGCCGGGAAGAACCGCCAACGACGUGAAGAACUACUGGAACACCGACCAGAAGAAAAAGACGGCGACGGCACCGUUCCCAUGCAAACUAGCCUAUCUUAGCGACAGCCGGCAACCGGCUGCCGGUGCCAAAAACAAUAUCUCACGACCCCAGAGAACGAAAGCCAACAUUAUCAAGCCGCGACCUCGGACCUUCUCAUCCAAAACCAAAAGCCUCUCCUGGCCCAUGAAGCCUAUCGAGCCCAACAAUCCCGCUACAUCAAAUAAGCCCAAAAAUAUUAUUAAUCUUCAUCAUAAGUUGCCGACAAGUCAGCAAGAUGAUCGCCGUCGUUGUCAGGAGAAUCAUGACGGCGCCGAAAUCACGUGGAUGGACCAGCUAGAGAGAUUCCUCGACGAUGGCAUUAAUAAUAAUCUACCAGUGGCGGUGGACCACGAAGCUGAUCAGUUUCCUCUCGGCCAAUUAAUGUCGUCCAUAAUGCCAGAUCAUCAAGAGAAGAGUGUUGAUAAUAUGAUGAUGUUCCAGGAAGACAACUACCAAAGUUUCUGGAGUGAUCUGGACAUUUGCCAUCUUCUCAGUGAUCGUCAUGACAUUUAAUUUCCUCUCGGUGGAGCGAUGCUUGGCAUAUUAUAUCAUGGUACCUCAUAAAAAAAUUAGCUUGGUCAAGUCGACUGGUUUCAUUUCCAUUACUUCUCUAAAAAAAAAUAUGUUUAUUUAUACUGGACAAAAAAAUGAUUUUCCCGUAUGAACACGUGGAUGCAAAUGCUUUUAUGAUACAAUUUAGUUAUUAGAACGAAAUAAAAUGCUCUUUGUUCAUGUCCCCCAUAAAAAGCUAUGAAAAAACUUCAAACAAUGCAAAUAUGAGUAUGAGUAGUAUAUAACGAGUAUGGAAUGAAGCAUGAGUCUUAUA